AUGGCCAUCUGCCUGGCAAUCUUCCAGAUUCACGAUCGUUUCGCAUUAUACCUUCAGUACCCUACGUCCACAGAAAUUGAUAUCGUGUCUUUCAAUAACAUGACCUUCCCUCAAGUCACCAUCUGUAAUAAUAAUUAUAUCAAGCUCUCCUCAGCUCAACAUCUAGGUUUAGUGGAAUACUUCAAGCAAUUUAUGCCACCGUUCCAACUUGAUGUGAUCGCCAGCAGAGCUCAACUGAAGAUUCAGCCACCGAGUUAUGAAAACCAAUCUGAGCUUGUCCAAGCCAGAAGAUUUUUAUCAUCUGGCAGCGAUGAACUUCAUUAUUGGAUGUGGAAUAGAGAGACCUGCUCAAGCGAAUCUGUAGAGUUGAGAUUCACAGACGCCGAAAAGAAUAAAAUGUAUGUCAACAAACCUGGCGCCGAGAUGGGUCUCUUACUCGUUCUUGUGGCCAACCGAUCAGAUUACUUCAUACAGAGCUCAUUUUCGUCCGGAUAUCGAAUUUUGUUGCACGAACCAGGAGAGCCCCCUCAAAUGCAGGAGCAUGGGUUCAUGGUCAAUCUCGGUGAAGAGGUCAAUGUCGCCCUAUCAGCCACCAAGACAAUCAGACAACCGGCUCCUUAUGGGACUUGCCGAGACCUUCCAGAUUAUGAUCAGACCGGAUGUGAGUUGAAAUGUCUGGCUGAAAUAAUCAUCAAAAAUUGUGGAUGCAGACCCAUUCACAUGGAAGAGAUUGGCAACGAGUCGAUAUGUGAUUAUUUUGAAGAGAAUAGUUGCGUUGUAACCGUCAUUGGCGACUAUUACGUCGGUAAGUUGAACGACACCAUCCUAUGUUCCUGUCCACCGAUGUGCAACGAAAUAAACUACGAAACAUCUAUCACCGGCUCAAGAUUCUCCAGAUAUAUUUUUGAUGUUAUAAAAAAAAGAAUGGCAGAAAAUGAAACUCAAGAAGAUUUCCAAGAGAAUGCUGUGGUCGUGCGUAUAUACUUCAGUAGUCUGCAGUACACGAAGAUCACAACGGUGGUGGCUUACUCGGUGAUGGCUCUACUCAGUGACCUCGGCGGAACGUUCGGUCUACUCCUUGGCUCAACCUUCCUAACACUCGUUGAAGUUUUUGAAUUAUUGUGGGAUCUCUUUCUCUAUGUUCUUCUGAAGAAAAAAAUGAAAAAAGAAACAGUUGUUAGCAAAAAGAAAAAUCAUAAGCACAUAAAACCAGAACAAUUUCUCACAAGGCGGCCCUUCAAAGGAAAAAUAGUUCUCAAUGAGGCCCUCACAGCAAAAAGUUUGCGUACCUAUGGAAUAGACAGAUGUUGCGACUCGAUGAGUUCAAGCCACCAAGAUGACAUCCAAACAGUCGCAAGUAAAUCAGAUGACGCCAAAAUGUUUGUUAAUGUUUCUCAAGCUGAUGAAAAUAAUCAAGCAAAAAUUCCGAUACCCUCAUCAGCUGAUUAUGAUAAGAAGAAGUUAGUUUCGAUCGAUUGUGACAAAGGCAAGUUUGUUUUAUUCAAAGAAUUCAAAAUAAGCAAAAUGUGGAAGCAUCGGAGCUCUGCCAACGAAGAUAACGAGGAACAUUUAUUUCUAAUCAAAGCAGAAUUGAUAAAAUCCAUUGAUGAAAUAUCAAUUAUUGGUGUGAAACAGUGUGGGGACAGCAAUCGUUCGAUCUUGAACCGCGUCAUGUGGUUCAUCUUCAUUUUAUUCGGAAUAACUCUGGCAAUGUACCAGGUUAAUGAUCGUCUGAUGUAUUACCUGACCUACCCAACAUCAACUGAAUACGAUAUUGUACCUUUUGACAACAUACUGCCUCAAGUUACUGUUUGCAACAACAAUUUCAUUAAAAAAUCUUCAGCUGAGAGUCUAGGUCUGGUAGAAUAUUUCAAAACAUUAGAAGAUGGCGAGCAUGAUUUUUUUAACAAGACGGGUUCUAUUGAAGAAAGGAAAUUUUUAUCUCCAGGUCUCGAACAGAUGUGUUCCUGGAAUGCUUUGCCGUGUUACAAUGAAACUAUUGACACCACGUUCACAAACGCUGGCCAGUGUAUUAUUUUCGAUCCAAGAAAAAAAAAAUUUGAUAAUAUUACUGGACCUGGUGCAAGGAUGGGUCUGCAAUUGAUUCUGUUUGUCAACCAAUCUGAUUACUUGAUACAGAAAGGCUUUACUCUUGGAUUCAACGUUAUGGUUCAUGAACCGGAAGAUCCACCCCACGUGUUGGAUCUUGGUUUCAAAAUCAACGUUGGUAAAGAAACCAAUGUAGUUGUGUCGGUCACAAGUAUAACUAGACUGAAACCUCCACACGGAAACUGUAAGGAUCAGUUAGGUUAUAAUCAAGUCACAUGUAAGUUGAGAUGUUUAGUGAGGGAAGUUGUCAACAACUGCGGCUGUAGGCCCAUCUAUUUGAAAGGUAUUGGCAACGAAUCGAUAUGUGAUUAUCACGAUGAGAUUCACUGCGUUGAUAACUUAUAUACCGAUCUGCAUAAAGACUCAGUCACAAGUUCUAAGUUUUCCAACAUUAACCUUCCUUCUAUCAAAAAAUUCUUUGACAAAAAAUCACUCGAAUUCAAUCAAAGCGAUAUAUCAGUUUUGCGUGUAUUCCCUAGCAGUAUGCAACACACAAAAAUUUCAUGUGUCAAAGCUUAUUCAGAGUCGGCGCUGUUGAGUGACCUGGGCGGUGCCUUGGGAUUCCUUUUGGGAUCAACUUUCCUCACAGUUUUCGAAGUUUUUGAACUCGUUUGGAAUCUCUGCUUGUAUGCAUACGCCAGGAAAAAAUAUCGACAAGAGUUCGAGUUAUGUAGAAUAGUUUUUUUCAUUGUAAUAAAACAGCUGCUUGUACUGAUUAUUGUUUGA